AUAUUAACUAGAAAUUAACAAAUUAGUUAACAUUUGUUGUUAAUGUCAAGAACUAAAUUUUUAUUCAUGUAAUUCUUAAACGGUUUUACAAUAACGGGAAGUUUUAAUUAAUUAAUAAAACAACAAGUAUGACUAUAAUCGAGUAUGUACAGACCUUAUCCGAUAAUCCAUAUUUUGGAGCUGGAUUCGGAUUGUUUGGGUUGGGCGCGGGUGCAGCUUUGUUGAGAAAGAGUGCCCAAACUGGCAUGAUACUUUUCAGACGACAUUACAUGAUAACAUUAGAGGUGCCGUGUAGAGAUAAAAGUUACGAGUGGCUUUUGAAAUGGAUAACAAACAAGGGAGCAAAAGGAACACAACAUUUGGCUGUGUCGACCAGUUUUUUGCAGAGUGAUACUGGUUACGUUACAACAAAAUAUGAAUUCAUACCCAGCAUUGGCACUCAUUUCUUCAGGUUUCGCAACAAUUGGAUAAAAGUCGAGAGAACAAGAGAGCAGCAGAUGCACGACGUCAAUUUAGGAAUGCCAUUUGAGUCUGUCCAUUUAACUGCUUUAGGGAAAAAUAAGGAAAUGUAUUUCGAGAUCCUAGACGAAGCAAGACAAAUGGCAUUGGCUGAACAUAAAGGAAAAACUAUUAUGUACACAGCGAUGGGACAUGAGUGGCGACAAUUUGGUCAUCCAAAAAAACAAAGACCUCUAGAUAGCGUGAUUCUUGAUGAUGAUAUUUCUGACAAAAUAGUAAACGACUGCGAAGAGUUUAUAAAAAAUGUCAAAUGGUACAGUGACAGAGGGAUUCCUUACAGACGAGGUUACUUGCUGCAUGGACCUCCUGGAUGUGGAAAGUCUUCAUUCAUCACUGCUCUCGCUGGCAGAUUAAAUCGUGGAAUUUGCGUGCUCAACUUGUCCGACAGAAUGUUAACAGAUGAUAGACUGAAUCACCUGUUGGCUGUAGCUCCGCAGGAGACUAUAAUUUUAUUAGAAGAUAUUGAUGCUGUUUUCGUUAGUAGAGAAGAAACGAGAGAAGUUAAAGCUGCUUUUCAAGGCUUGAAUAGUGUAACUUUGAGUGGCUUGUUGAAUGCCUUGGAUGGAGUGGCUUCAUCUGAAGGUCGAAUACUAUUUAUGACAACAAAUUAUUUAGACAGAUUGGACCCAGCUCUUAUCAGGCCCGGAAGAGUGGAUUAUAAGGAAUACAUAGGCUGGUGCUCAGCAAUACAGCUUGAAAAAAUGUUUCUUAGAUUUUACAUAGAAAAAAAGAACGACGUUGAAAAUUUGGCAAAGAAAUUUGCUGAAAAUGUCCUGUCGCACAAACGAAACGUAAGUCCAGCUCAAAUUCAAGGCUUUUUUUUGUUUUAUAAAAAUGAGCCAGAAGUUGUUGUAAAUAAUGUGUCAAAACUUUGGGAACUGACAUGAAUCUGUAUUAUAAAAAUUAAUGAUUAAAUAAUGUACAUAAUUUUCAAACCAAGAUAUAGGGAUUCUUAAAGUG